AUGAUUGAUGAAAGAUGCACAUAUGAAGAUCUUUUAGUGAAGACAGAUGUUGGAUGGAAGAUGAAGCCCUAUGAGCAGUUGAAAGAUAGAAUAAAAGAGUGGCUGCUCUACCAUCAGAUUAAUGCUCUAUGGGCUGAACAUAAGAGAGUGGGUAUUAGUGGAAAAAAAUCAAGGUUCCAGGUGGAAAUUUUGGAGAGUAAUGAAAAACUUCUCUCCAAAAUGUACAAACACCUUCUGGAGUGGGAUACUAAGGAAGACCUGAUGAAGGGAGCGUUGGUUGUUUAUUUGGCCAGAAACCCAAAGGAUGUUUUUGUUUCCUAUUAUCAUUUUGCCAAAGCUGCAUGCGCACUAGAAAAAGUAGAAGACUUUGUAAUUUUCAUGGAGAGGUUUUUGGCUGGAAAGGUAUUUGCAAGUUCAUGGCUGGACCACCUGGAAGGCUGGUACGCUCACAGAGAUGACUUCAAUAUUCUAUUUCUUACCUAUGAGGAAAUGAGUAAGGAUCUGAGAAGCUGUGUAUUGAAAUUAUGCAACUUCCUGGGAAAGAGACUGACGGAAAAGGAGGUGGAUGCUGUUGUGGAUCAGGCUACAUUUAAUAAAAUGAAAGCAGAUCCCAGGGCAAACUAUGAGUUCAUGCCACCGGAUCUCAUGGACCACAGCAAAGGACAUUUUCUUCAGAAAGGCACUGUUGGAGACUGGAAGAACAUGAUGACAGUCGCACAAAGUGAAAGGUUUGACAGUGUUUUUAAGGAGAGAAUGGAAAAGCUGCCCUUCAAGUUCUGCUGGGACAUCCAUGAUGAAUUAUGAGUCUCCUUCCAGCUUGAAAGAAGAAAAUUGUAUACAGUGUGGGACACGACUAAUCCAUAGCUUUUGUCAAUGGAGAGGAUAAAAAACCCACUUAAAACAUUCUUUGUGCAUCACAAUAUGCUGUUC